AUGCCCCGAUAUAAGCAGGUGACGUGCUACCUCCUGUUUUCUUUAUCGACAGCUGUAAUUGGCUCCCUGCAGUUUGGCUUCAACACAGGAGUCAUCAAUGCCCCGGAACAGAAACUGCGGGCGUUCUUUAAUGCCACAUGGAUGGAGCGUUACGGGGAGCCCAUCAAGCCGGGUGUGUGCACCAUUGUGUGGAGUUUUGCCGUGGCCAUCUUUAGCGUGGGUGGAAUGGUGGGAUCAUUCAGUGUUGGUGUUGUAGCCAACAAAUUUGGAAGACGUAAAUCUAUGAUCCUUGUGAAUAUCUUGGCUCUGAUUGGUGGGGGUCUCAUGGGACUGUGCACUGUCUGCUCCUCCUUUGAGAUGAUCAUUGCCGGUCGGCUGGUUAUUGGGCUGUUCUGUGGUCUCUUCACCAGUCUUACUCCAAUGUAUGUUGGGGAAGUGUCGCCCACUCCCCUCCGCGGGGCCUUUGGGACCCUGCACCAGCUUGGUGUCGUGGUGGGCAUCUUAAUCGCACAGAUUUUGGGUCUGGAGUAUCUGCUGGGUUCAGAUAAGCUUUGGCCUGUGCUUCUGGCUUUAACCGUGGUACCUGCUGUCCUGCAGUGUAUACUGCUUCCGUUCUGUCCAGAGAGCCCUCGAUACCUGCUCAUUAACCUCAAUGAGGAAGAACAGGCCCGUAAAGCGCUGGUGCGUCUCCGUGGUUACGAGGAUGUGGGGAAGGACAUGCAGGAGAUGAAGGAGGAGAGUGCGAAGAUGGCCAUGGAGAAGAAGGUGACCAUCCCAGAGCUCUUCCGCACCGCUGCUUACCGCCAGCCUCUGCUCAUCGCUAUCAUGCUGCAGCUGUCCCAGCAGCUGUCUGGCAUCAAUGCUGUCUUUUAUUACUCAACUGGUAUUUUUGAGUCAGCUGGAGUGAAUCAGCCCGUUUAUGCCACCAUUGGAGCUGGAGUCGUCAAUACUGUCUUUACUGUAGUAUCUCUUUUCUUGGUGGAGAGGGCAGGAAGAAGAACUUUGCACCUUAUUGGUUUGGGUGGAAUGGCUGUCAGCGCCUUGGCCAUGACCAUUGCUCUCUUAUUGAAGGACAUUGAGGCUCUUCGCUACCUCAGCAUUGCUGCAGUCUUUGCCUUUGUGGCCAUGUUUGAGAUGGGCCCUGGACCCAUUCCCUGGUUCAUAGUGGCUGAACUGUUCUCCCAGGGGCCACGUCCUGCCGCCAUGGCCGUUGCAGGAUGCUCCAACUGGACAGCCAACUUCCUUGUGGGAAUCAGCUUCCCUAAACUGGAGGAGCUGUGCGGGCCAUAUGUCUUCAUUAUAUUUAUGAUCUUCCUCAUCUUCUUCUUCAUCUUCACGUACUUCAAAGUACCGGAGACCAAAGGGCGAACUUUCGAUGACAUCGCCCGUGGUUUUAGCGGGGCUCCGCCUCUGGCUGCCACCUCUGUGGAGGAGCCCGGCAGAGUCGCACUUCCUGCCUCUCCGGUCAAAGAAAAGGUCCCAUUGGUGGAAGCUUCCAAAUCUUCCUCGGAACAGGGUGCAAGCUCAUCUGAGAAAGUUGCGGCAGAUGCCACAAAGGUGGAGGACAAACCGAGCUCAGUUACCCAGCCACUGGUGGAUUCUAGUAAAGAGGAGAAAUCUAAUUCCACCAUCUAAGAAACGGUGUAACUAUACAUAGCUUAAUAUGAUUAAAGCCAUGACACUGAAGAUAGAAAUAUAAUACUAGAGAUUUAUUUACUGGAAAGAGAUUGUUUAGGGUAAACAGAUUAUGAAAGGAACCACAGUGGAGAGUCACAGAUCUCCUAGACAUAUUUUGAAAGGAUACGAGAGCUCAUAGUACAUGAGCUUUAUUUUAUUGUGUAGUUUGACAACUGAUUGUUUGGUGCAAUAUUGAUUCAUGUUUUAAGAGUUAUAUCCUUUUAUUGCUCAUUCCUGUUUGUGCCGUUUUAAUGUGAAUUAACAAAUUGGACAUGGUUUCCUUUAUCAACUCAAACAGAAAAAGGGAAUUUUAACAUUUGGCCUUCAUAGUUCUCGCCAUUUUCAACUGUCAAACCUCUUUUUUUGUGUGAAAAAAAGUGUUUUCCCCUCGAAUGAUAGUUGUCAGUCAUCAUAAUCUCGAGGUUUUUGCACUUACGAUGUUUGUUUUGUAUAACAUAUAGUGUAUAUAGAAAUAUAUAUACAUUUUCAUUACUUCAGAUCACUACUACCAUCAAAAACACUUCAAACAUAUAAUUAAUUAGAAAAUGCAGUAAAAUAUUUACAUUUAUAGGAAGUGCUUAGCUAGUAAAGCUUAUGCCAAGAAUAAAAUCGCUAGUUUACUGCCAAAAAUAAUACAUUUAAAGAAAAAAACUCUUGGGAUAAAUAAGUCACUCAUUCAUCUAAAAUCACAGUAAAGGUUGUAUUGUAGAGGACGCAAAUGGACCAACCAGUGUUCAGUGAAUUUCACUGUAUAUACAGUCUCAAUAACUAAACAAGCUCACAUUUCAGAUAUCCUAGAUUAAGAUUUUUAGCAAAUGACAUAAUCAAAGAGGAAAUUUGCUAGAUUAUGACCAUUACUCCCGCUACUGAAUUUCCUGUGCUUGGUGAUUUAGUAUUUCAGCUUUGCAUGUUUUAAUCCCUUUCAUAGAGAACACAUAUAGUAUUUUGUUGUUCAUACAUUUAUUUUUUACUUAUAUUAGAGAAUCUUUACCAAUAAUUUAUAUCAUGCAAGUCGAUAGACGCUUUAUGCUGCCAUUGCUUAGGUGUUGCUAUUUUUGUCUAGAUAUUGAAUGUGAAAGUAUUUAUUAAUAAGCACAUUUAUACGCCAGGGGUAAUAUGAAGAACUGCGUUUUCCCAUUCUGAUGUCUUAUGGUCAUGUAUGUGUUGCACGGAGAGAAACUCCAAAAAAGACCAAGAAAGAACAUUCCUCUUGCAGUAGUGCACUGUGGUUUGUAUUCCAGCGGUCAAGAGCAGCUUCACAUUGAGCCAGCCCUCUUCUAAUACUAGCAAACACAACCAUCUUAUUAACUGUUUAUACCUUUCACAUAUUGUAUCUUUUACUGUGCAUAAUGUACACAACUCGCUCGCUUGCUGUACAGUUAGAAGAGCAUCACCCUGUAAAUACCCAAGUUCAUGUUUCUGUGUUGAAUGGUCUCUCAUUGAUGUAAUUGCAGGUCAAAAGGAGAGUGUCUGCUAAACAGAAGUGUUGAUGUUUUGACGUUUGUAUAUUUUAUGGUGGCUUUUCCUGAACGUGUAUCAAAAUCAUGAGUGGUACUGUGUACAGUUGUAUUAUUUUGUGAAUAAAUAGUCUAAAUUA